UAGUCAUGGCAGUUGUAGAACGAAACAUCAUUCUCUAUUAUUGUGAUUGCAUUGCGUCAAUAAACAGGAAAACUAUGUUGAUUUCGAUAUCUCUGGGAAGUCCCAAUCGUCACCGCAAUAACAGUCAUGUGACGGGCGGGAGUAGCUAAGGGUUAGAGACUUACAUAUAUUAUAAAAGACCACAAAGUUGAUAAGACAAUGCUGUAGACUGAGACAGCGAACACCACAGUGUGAGGUUACGGCAAAGGUUAUAAACAUACAGCCUAAGAUACACAAUAGGCUUACAUACUUUGUAGUUAACAUUAUCAGAGGAGUACAGCUUUAACCCGAGAACUUGAACUGAUUACAGUCACCAGGAAAAAAUAUCUGCUUACAAGAUGCCACAGUACCUGAUUCUCCUUAGUCUAACAACGUUGCAGAACCUGAUCCAAUACAAACAGGAAUUGCAAUCAAACUCCAUGAAGCCUGGUCAUUACUUGAAGAAGAAUUUAGAUUUACUACUUCAGAAAGGAAUAGAUAUUAAAAACACCACAGUUGAGCAGUUUCUACAACUUUUACUGUCAACUAAGAAGACUAUUUGCUUUGCAGAGUCCGAAGUCGUAGGUGACGGUUCAGACUGGAAUUACUCUGAGUUAAAGAUUCUGGGUGAGAUCAGUAUUGCUAUGGCAACAGAGGUGUAUGACAAUGGAGUUUGGGGCAUCUAUGAAAAAACAUUUAGAACUCACGAGCCGCCAAUUUCAGCCACUUUGGUUUUCACACCUGGUCCUUUGCUGUAUGGAUAUAACUUCCGGGGAACAACUCCAGACCUAGAUGAUAUUUAUGAAAGAGGACAAAUAGAUCAAAACAAGUACACAAAAUUGAUUGAACGGAGACUGUUGCCUGUCUUACUAUACAUAAACGAAAGUGCAAAAACCCAAGGAAAGAAAGCUAUUGUGGUGCUUCCUGGUAUUGGUUGUGGAGCUUUUGCAGGAAACUUUAAAGGGUCAAUGGGUGAAUUCCUUAACAAAGCUCUCCAGACAAUAUUGGAGGAGUUUGGAAUACAUUUUAAAAAUAUUGUUUGUGUUCGAUUUGACCCUUUUGAUGAAUGCACGGACUUCGAACGAAUUAUACAAGGUGUGAAAUAUCGAGUAAGAAGGAACAUCGGACCAAUGGGUAAAUCACAAUUAUGCUGCGUCACUGAUUAUGAAGAAACUGAGGGCGAAUUCACUGAUUGCACCUUCUACAAAGUUGUCGCCUGGGACCAUGUCUCACUUCCCGGCAAUGACUACUUUAAAGGAAGUCGUAAUACAGACGAUGGCGUGACGGGAGCUGCCACUAACUCAAUGGAACUCAUUACAAAUGUCAAGGGAAGAUAUGUCAAUGGUUACUACUUGCCUCCAGAAGGUUAUCGCACAUGGGAAGGUGUUGCAAAGAAGCAUAAAACUAAACUUACUGCAGAUGGAAAUGUGAAAGUUGCCACACACAAUGGAAUUUUGGUUGAUUUGAAGGACAUCUCCGAAAACAAAUGAGAUAACUUUUUAACAUUUGUUAUAUGUACUUAAGAACUAAAUAUUGAAUUUAGAGAAUAUACUUUAUUGUUGAAUAGAUAAGGAACAACUGGAUUUGUCAUCACAAGAAAUCACCUUAAUGUCUUGGAGAUAAUAUUUUCAAUCUGGAAAAAGUCCUUGUGAUUUUAAUUAAACAGAUGCUAAUAGACAGUUAUCUUUAUGAUACCUCAGUAAUUUCAAUGAAAACAACUGUUUUGAGUAUUAGGGUGGUUUAAACAUAGAAGGAAUGAGCAGGGCAGAUGUAAAAAUCUCCUUAAUAUCUAAACUUGUACUAGAGGAAACUAUAUUUCAGAUUUUUAAAAUUGAGUGACAGACAAUAUGAGAGAAAUUGGUAAACAAUCCAUAUAUAGAGUUUGUACAACUUCAAAAAAUGACUGUAGACACAAACAUAAUGACUGUUCACAUGUAUAUCCUGAAUGCCCUAUUUCACUUUUUUAAGCGUCUGUUAAAUCUUUCUGUUAAUUAAAAUGCAACAGUAUCCAAUUUGUAUGAAAUGGUUGAAAAAUGAAUGAGUUACGGCUAUUUUAGUGGUUAUGUGUUCAGGUUUUCUUGCAUGUAGAAAAAGAAUGGUCUUACACUUGGUGCAGAUUUUUUCUUUUAAUUAUUGGUCUUUCAUCAUUCAAUAACAGUAAGUAGUUUUUAAUACAAAUAAAAAAAAUUUAAACAACUAAAAUAGGUAUGACUUUAUUCUUCAACCAAUUUAUACAAAAAUAGAAUUGUUGAUUUGUUAAUAAAUUUCCAACAAAACUCUUAUUCUUAAAAACCUUUAUAAGAUCUAAGGUUUUUAAGAUAUUUGAUUUUGAAAACCGUUAACGCUACAUCUGCCAGGUGCAGUGUUAUUUGAGAAUUUUUAAAACAUAAAUAAAACCCUGUUCCCCAAAUACCAUUGUGUUUAGUAUUGUUUCUGAGUAGAAUAAAUCAAUACAUAAUAUAAUUAAAGUCACUUUUGUGCAUAAGUAGGUCUGUUUGUGCAUAAGUAAUUUCUAAGUUACUCGACAGAUUUUGGUACGUUUUCACUGUCGGCUUUGUUAUGAACUAGGGCAUAUUUUGUGAGUGCUAAAGGUGUAAUGUAAAUAAAAUGUAACCAUUUACAAUAGA